AAACAAACCACACGUAAGGGAUCAUUUGUCGAAAGUUGGAUAUAUUCUAGUCAAGCAAUACCUUUUAUCGCGAAGAAAAUAUGAUAUGAUUCCCAUUGUCUAUCAAUACUGUACACGUCCACAGAGCCAAUGAUUCUCAUGUAUAUCGGCUCAAAAUAGAAUCCCCUCAACACGACAUAAAUCAGUUAGAGAAUAUUAUUAUGCAGUCACACUCGACUCGGAUUGCUGUACGCUACAAUUGCAAUUUUUGCGGUCAUUAUAGAUGCCUAGGUCCAGAAAGGGGAAGAGGGUGGAACCUCCCUCGUUUAGAAUUUGAAAAGAUUUUCUACCCAAAAUGGAAAUAUGUACCUGCCGCUCUGGGUAUGCUGUACAACUAUUUUGUUUAUCGGCUUUGUUUCAAUUUCUUCUUCUUUUCAUAUAGUACACAUUGGUUCUUCAUAUAACGAACUGGAGUUUUCAAUCAUAGCAGCCACUUUUUUCUUCAUAGUCUCUAUCUGACCAGUUAGGAUAAAAUACGGCUAUGAUUGGAGAUUAUUUUCACACCACAGCUGUGGCACUUCUUGUGAGUUUGGCUUCUUCACUUGCUUUCCUCUAACUUUACUAACUCGUAUUAGCUUGCAGUUUUUGUUGCUGCCUCUGAUCAUGCUCUUCAAGAGGAACCCAUCAUAUCAGGAACUUGGACGUCCCAAGGUUGUUACGUGGACAUUGGUCGGACAUUGUUCGAGGGAGAAUACAUUGACAAUGCAAAUAUGACUGAUGAGUCAUGCAUCUCGUAUUGUACUUCCAAAAAUCUCAACUAUGCUGGAACGGAGUAUUCUUCAGAAUGUUGUGUGUUAUUUUCAAGUUUUCAGGACAUAUAACAUAUCGAUACUAAAAAUUCAUUUAGAUUGUGGUAAUAGUCUUGCAGCUGGAGCUGGACCUGCGCCAUCUUCAGAUUGUAGCAUGAAAUGCUCUGGGAAUGCUACUGAAUUUUGCGGUAAGCUUGACGGUUUCACUGAAUAACUCUGCUUCUUACUAACUCGUUCUAUUUCGUGAUCUCAAAACCAAUUCUUAUCUUUCCGUUGUCUGCACUUAUUUUGCAACCCAGGAAUCUAUUUGCUUGCCUUGGUGCCAUUAAAUUUUUGCUUAAUAGCCAUACUGAUUUCCCGAUCCUGCAGGUGGUCCAAAUCGGUUGAAUCUUUUCUGGAACGGAAAUAACCCACCUCAAACUAACCCUGGUUCCGGACUUUGGAACUUUUCUGGAUGUUACACGUGAGUUCUUUACCUAAUUCUUGGCCGCGAUGCACUCUAACAGUCGGCAGAGAAGGUCAAGGGGGCCGGCUUUUGAUAUACCAAGUUAUAGCUUCACCCAUGACGGUCAAUGUGUGUACAGCAGAAUGUCAAAAAGAAGGCUACUCAUUAGCAGGGGUCGAAUAUGCGGAUGAAUGCUGUACGUGUAUUCUGAAAGUUGUCAAGUUGCCCGGUCUAAUAAAUGCUUACUUUGUCUUAGGGUGUGGAAACCAAUUGUCUAAUGGAGGAACUCUUGCACCGGAGGGCGUCAGUGGUUGUUCGGCAUUGUGUUCCGGCAACUCAUCUGAAUUCUGUGGUGGCACCAACAGACUUGACGUAUAUGACUUCAAUAGUACUGCUAUUGUAACAGCGCCAUUUGCGACGACCACGGCUGGAACCACUCCUUCUGCUACGAGUUCUCCAUCAAUUCAACAAACAAUUGGUGUAUAUAACUAUUUCGGAUGUCAGACUGAAGCUACUAGCGCUCGAGCACUUGCGUCUAAAGCUUCUGAUACUAGCAAUAUGACACUCGAGUCAUGUGAAGCGAGCUGCAUUGGGUACACAUAUUUCGGAACGGAAUAUGGACGAGAAUGUUAGUAAGCCUCCUGAAUCUAUAAAUGGUAUGAACUAAUUGAAAUAUACCAGGCUAUUGUGGAAACUCGUUCUCCGCUGGCUCUGUGUCAACCUCAAAUACAGAUUGCAAUUUCCCCUGUGCAGGAAAUAGCUCCGAAUUCUGCGGGGCUAGUGGAAGACUCACUGUCUAUCAGAUUAAUACCACUUUAAGCUCCACAGCUCCGCCUUCUACCCCAUCAUCAUCUGUGACAGAUCUUCCUACCGGGUGGGUUUACAGUGGCUGCUACAUCGACGGAGCACAAGGCCGCGUCCUUAUAUAUCAGCAACAAGAUAAUCAAAAUCUCACCGUCGAGUCCUGCAUUUUGACUUGUUCCGGUCUCGGUUAUAAGGUCGCGGGCACAGAAUACAGCUCGGAAUGCUUUUGUGAUAACUUUAUCGAGAAUGGAGGAGUUCUCGCCACGUCACCAGCUGAUUGUAACAUGCCGUGCAGUGGUAACUCGAGCGAGAAUUGUGGCGCUGCAAAUAGAUUGUCUGUCUACUCUCUUGGAACAGUACAAACUUCUCAACCAGCGUCUGUUCAGAAGAGGGGUUUGCCCGGUGAUUGGAACUAUCAGGGAUGCCUCGAGUCAGUUCCUCGUAAGAAUUGUUAGAUUUCAUGCAGGCUGAUAGAGUAAACUUUUAGAGAUAAUAUAGGAGGUACUAGGACUUUUCCGUAUCAAAUAAUCAGUUCAAAUAAUACUGCAACGAAUUGUCUUUCGCAGUGUCAAACAUUCGGGUAUAAUGCAGCUGGACUUGAGUACGGCUCUCAGUGCUGUAAGUCUUGGCCAUUCCCUCAAAAAAAAUGUCGUACAUUAACAAAUAUAUUUAGAUUGCGGGGAUGUAGAAAAUAUCGUAACGGCUGGUGCAUCGUUGAUUAGUGAAUCUAACUGCCAGGUUGUCUGCUCAGGUAAUUCCUCAACCAUAUGCGGCGGAGACAGUCUUCUAUCUUACUACUCCUGGAAUGGCCCAGCUCUCUAUAAUUGGUCAUUUCCAGUAGGCGCCAGCGCUGGCGAACACUCGUUGUUAAUAGGUGGUGUGUGUAUACCAUUGAUGACAUCCCAGAUGAUUACUGGCAAAGUGACAUUCGUCGAGAAAUUUGGAACGGGUGAACCUAAUUCAACAGGAGCAUACGAAUUAGAUCUUUCAGCCAUCAAUAAUUUCACCCUGGCAUGGAGACCCAUGCAUGUCAAAACUGAUGUAUUUUGCUCCGCUGGACUUAUUCUUCCAGAUAUUGCGGGGAGGCAGAUAGAUGUAGGGGGGGUAAGAACAUAUAUUCUUUUCCACGGUUCAUUAAUCGUGGUGCAACCAUUGUAUAGCUUGUGUUUCUGUGUCAUCCUAAUAUCUCAGUUCAGCUUGUCACACAUUCAUUCCUUCCGUCAUUUAUCUAGCUCAAAUAUAUGAUACUAAUAUCUGUGACUCUUAGUGGUCCGCCGAAUCGACCUACGGCGUGCGAAUUUAUUGGCCAAAUGGAUCUCCCGGAAUCUGGGGCACAAAUGAUUGGCAAGAAAACGUCAACGAGGUACACCUUCUCGUCGCUCGGUGGUACCCUACGGCAAUGAUUAUGGUUUGUAUAACCAUUCUGAGUAGCAGAAUAAUGUACCUAUACUAAACAUUCUCAAGGCAAAUGGUUCAAUCUUGAUAAUGGGCGGGGAAACUGGCAGUAAUGCUCCUGCUUCACCCAGCUUAGAGCUAUUACCUCCGACAGGUGCACCAGUUCUCAAUUUAGACUUCCUCGCUCGUACGGACCCCAACAAUUUAUACCCGUUUCUCGCUGUCAUUCCUUCGGGGAUCUUCGUCGCGUACUAUAAUGAAGCACGAAUUCUAGACGAAGUCACAUUCGAGACUAUUAAGGUAUUACCUAAUAUUCCUGGAGCAGUAAACGAUCCGAAUGGUGGACGGAACUAUCCUCUUGAAGGAGCUAUGGUUUUACUACCUCAGUAUUUCCCAUAUACGGAUCCCCUCGGAGUACUUAUUUGUGGUGGUUCCACGCCUGGGGGUGGAUUUGCGAUAGAUAAUUGUGUUUCCAUGCAACCUGAAGCUGAGACUGCUUCUUGGGUGAUUGAGAGAAUGGUGAGGGUUCUUUUUUUGCUUUACUCCACAAAAUUGUUUUACUAUUCUGCCUGAUACUUCUAUUCGUUGGGGUCUUUUCAAAGGACAGCUGAUCUCAAUAAGCGGAAAUAUCACAUAUAGCAGUCACUGACUAACGUAUCAUAGCCCUCGCGCCGUGUAAUGCCAUGUUUGGCUUCACUCCCGGACGGUACAACACUCAUCCUGAAUGGUGCUCAUCAUGGAUUCGCAGGAUUUGGACUCGGCUCAGACCCCAAUUUCAACGCCGUCCUGUACGAUCCCCGCCUACCGAUAAACUCACGCAUGAGUGUAAUGGCCAAUACAUCAGUUGCUCGUCUCUACCACUCCGAAGCAAUUCUCCUUCUUGAUGGACGAGUAAUGGUAUCUGGAUCUGAUCCGCAGGACAAUGUCCAUCCAGAGGAAUACCGGGUCGAAGUCUUCACCCCGCCGUAUCUCCUCUCCGGAUUUCCCCGUCCAACCUUCUCUCUCAGUAACACAGACUGGUCAUACUCGCAAGCGGUAACUUUCACCAUCACCUCAAACUUUACUUCGACUUCGGACCUCAAAGUCUCUAUUCUUGGAUCGGUUGUAAGUACACAUGGUAAUUCUAUGGGUAAACGAACGCUCUUCCCUCAGAUGUCCUGCAGUUUUAAUAAUACUUGUACAAUCACCACACCGCCAAAUGCACAUAUAUGUCCACCGGGCUGGUAUAUGGUAUUUGUCCUUAACGGGCCCACUCCGGCUUUCGGGGUGUGGGUACGUAUUGGCGGGGAUCCAGCACAUUUGGGAAAUUGGCCCAAGGCUCCUGGUUUUGAUACUCCGGGCCUGUGAUUAUCAGAUUUCUUUGAGUCAAAUGUAGGGUUCGGAGAUUUGGUGGAGGAUUUGUUGCAAAAACUGUUUACUUGCAUCUUGAUGUGUUUGUAUGUAUUUUAAUGUUCUGCUGAAUUUUUUUGCAUUGGCUUUAGCUCUUCGUUGAUAUUUCUCAUGUUGCUCCUUGUUAGUUCCUUGCAGAUGGAUUGAUGGCAAUAUAUAAUCGUACAAAAUGUUUCGCAUACCAAGCCUGGACUUUGAACUGCAUGGUAUGCAUAAUGUAAAUUAAAUAUCACGUCAUUCUCCAAGGCGACACUGCUUGGCACCUUUCCAUGUUCAAACUCGGAUUCGGAUUCGCACUCGGAUUCAGUUGAGGAGAAGAUUGCUGGUGCCGCGGGUGUAGGUGCAUUGAGGUGUGAAACUUGUGGGCUAUGGGGACAAAAA